UGAAGCGUCAUCCUUUUGCUGCUGCCGUGGACCAGGCUUCCUUUAGCGUUGCGCGGCCUAUUUCUCGCUUAAGUAAUCUGGUUCUAAACGCGAAACGAGUACAUAGGAACCGUCCGCAUAUUCGGUUGCGUGCAUAAAGCUGUACCAAUGUUCCGUAAAACAUUCAGUUUAUUCGUGCCCACGUAUUUUCUGCUCAUUUGUGGACUAUAUCGUGCAGAGGCAGCCACCGGUUUGGUCAAUGAUGAGGUGAAACGCACAGUGGACUUGAGUACGCAUCUUGCUAAGAUAUCUACCGAGAUUAUUUUGUCAAAUGAAGGAGACACUGCUGUCAGCAGCUUUGUUGUGGCCCUUGAGCCCGAACUAGCUCCACAUCUGGCAUAUAUUGGCGCAUCGGUCAAAGGAGAUGAGGAGGAUGAUGGAAGUCUUGAGUUUUCAGAGACUGCCCUGCCUGGUCAGAGUGGCAAGUUCUUUAAGGUGGACUUGCCCUCCUCGCUGGCAUCAGGCGCUAAACUGCGUGUGAAGGUGGAGACAAUGCUCAGCCACGUGCUGCGCCCCUUCCCCACCCAGAUCACCCAGGCGGAGCGUCAGCUGGUGGUGUUCCAGGGCAACCACUACCUGUACUCGCCCUACCCCACCCGUUCCCAGAGCAGCCGCGUCAGGCUGGCCUCGAAGACUGUGGAGAGCUACACCAAACUGGGUAACCCCAGCAAGACGGAUGAGGUCAUUGAGUAUGGGCCAUUCCGUGAUGUUGCUCCUUUCAGCCAGGACACCAUGAAGAUCCACUAUGAGAACAACACCCCUUUCCUGACCAUUAGCAGCAUCACCCGCACCAUCGAGGUUUCCCACUGGGGAAACAUCGCUGUGGAGGAGACCAUUGACCUGAGGCACACUGGCGCUUAUCUGAAGGGACCCUUCUCCCGCUAUGACUACCAGAGGCAGUCUGACAGUGGAAUCUCCUCUGUCAAGUCUUUCAAGACCAUCCUCCCGGCUUCAGCUCAGGACGUGUACUACCGCGAUGAGAUCGGCAACAUCUCCACCUCACACCUCCAGGUUCUGGAAGAUUCUGUGGAGGUUGAGGUGAGGCCCCGCUUUCCUCUCUUCGGAGGCUGGAAGACUCACUACAUGAUCGGCUACAACCUGCCCAGCUACGAGUACCUCUAUACUUUGGGUGACCAGUAUGCUCUGAAGAUGCGUCUUGUGGAUCAUGUCUAUGAUGACCAGGUGAUCGAUCUUCUGACUGUGAAGCUCAUUCUUCCAGAGGGGGCAAGAAAUGUCCACAUGGACACACCUUACCCUGUGAACCGGGACUCUGACCAGCUGCACUACACCUACCUGGACACCUUUGGCCGGCCCGUGCUGGUGGCCACCAAGAGCAACCUGGUGGAGCAGCACAUCCAGGACAUGGUGGUGCAUUACAACUUCAACAAGAUCCUCAUGCUGCAGGAGCCUCUGCUGGUGGUCGGAGCCUUCUACAUCCUCUUCUUCACAGUCAUCAUCUACGUGCGCUUGGACUUCUCCAUCACCAAGGACCCUGCUGCAGAGGUGCGCAUGAAGGUGGCCUCCAUCACCGAGCAGGUGCUGACCCUGGUGAACAAGCGCCUGGGCCUGUACCGCCACAUGGACGAGGUGGUGAACCGCUACAAGCAGACCCGGGACACCGGCGCACUCAACAGCGGCCGAAAGACCCUGGAGGCUGACCACCGCACCCUCACCAAUGAUAUUAACUCCCUGCAGGCCAGGCUCAAGGCAGAGGGCUCCGACCUGGCUGAGAAGGUGGGUGAGGUGCAGAAGCUGGACGGCCAGGUGAAGGAUCUGGUGUGCCGCUCGUGCCAGGAGGCGGAGCGCCUGGUGGCGGGCAAGGUGAAGAAGGAGGCCUACAUUGAGAACGAGAAGGGCCUAGCCAGCAAGCGGCAAGACCUGGUGUCCCGCAUCGACAGCCUCCUGGAUGCUCUGUAAAUCAUGCCCAACACACACACACACACACGUGGCCAGAAACAUGCUAGCCCACAGCUGCUUCGUUACAGUGACCAUCACACCCCUGCCCUCCUCUCUUCCACAUGCUCUUUGGCACAUCUGAAUGCGUCUCCGUUGGACUUUAUAGGCUUUUUCCUGUUCAGUCGACCAAAAGCACAGCUUUCAUUGGUUCUGUGGGGGCAGACGUCACACGCUGUGUUGGGAUGUGAAUGUGCUUGUGUGAAGGUAUAUGUCAGUGUGCUAUGAUAUGGUUACUAUGUCUUUUGUUCAAAUUAAGGAACCAGUCAGGUUUCCGGGUUGCUGGUUGUUUCUCUGUUCACUGAAUGUUGGUAAGACUUUAUGCUGUGAGAAUCUGCGGGUGUUGAAAAACCCACUGCACACUACUGGUGCCCCUGUAACCUGACUUUGUGUCAAAGGUUAGAGUAACUUCAAAGCACUGAUCAAUAUGGCAAUUAUUCUAACCAACAGUUUCAGUUUUAACGUCCCCAUUUUUUGUCUUUGCUUCUACAGAUGGAUUUCAUGUGUAUUUUUUUAUGAUUUCACACUCUUUUUGUAAAUUACGUGCUUUUCAUUCAUACCAAGAGAUUAGUGAAUGCGUGAGAUUUGGAUUUGCAUGUGGAGAGGCAAUGGGAUUCUGGAACAGUUGUCUGUAAAAUUCCAGUGGCUGAAGAUACAAUUUUGCAAUAAAAACAAAUCUGUUUGAA